AUGAUCCAUUUAACAUUGUCCAAUCCUGUUGAGGGUGGUAAUACAUAUGGAUGUGGACCGAUGGGUAUCAAUAUUGACCAAGGUCUCAAUCAAAUUGAUCGAGAAGAGAUCAUACCAUGCUGUGUUGCUCACGACAUAUGCUAUCGUAACUGUUCAAUGUCUCGAUUUCAGUGCGAUUGUGAUUUCUACAAAUGCAUUAAAAACCAAUGUGAAAACAAGUUACCUCAUGAUUGCGCAGUAUUUGCAAUAAAGUUUUAUACAUUAGUCCGAAUUGGAGGCAUAUCAUCGUACCAACGUGAUCAAAGAACACAGCGUACACCUUAUCGCCUACUUCGUGUCAAAUAUUUUCUACUUGAAAUCAACUAUAUAGCGUUGUUGUCAUUGCCAGUCUUCUGCAAAGUCACGUUGAAAACAUACUCGCUCAUCGUCAAAACUCUAUCGCUGAUUAGUCUGGCGUCAUCUGUUUCUAUCAUCAGUGAGAAUUCACUCGGAUGCGGACCCAUGGGUGUGAAUAUAGAUUUGGCUCUCAACAAAAUCGAUCGGAGUGAAAUCAUUCCAUGCUGUGUCAGCCAUGAUGCAUGUUAUCGCAAUUGUUCGAUGAGUCGACUGACAUGCGACUGCACGUUCUAUACAUAUAUCAAGAAUCGAUGUGAAAAUCACCUGCCAAACGACUGUAAAGUAUUUGCUACGAAUCUUUUCGCGAUGGUUCGAAUUGAAGGUGUACCAUCAUACAAACGUGACCAAGAAAGUAGCAAAUGUCUUUCGAAAAACUAUCAACGCGAAUUAGAUAAAAUACUAAUGCAACAAGAAACAGAACAGUAUGUGAAAUCAUGUCCAAAAUAA